AUGAAGAGGACCGACAGCGGGUCCUGCUGCUGCCGCCGCCGCCGAUGCGACUCCAGCGGCUGCUGUCGCGCAUCCGGCUGGGCUCACCACUCGCCCUACUGGUCCGGGGACGGAGCGCGGGCCCCGCAGUCCCCACCGCUGCCCCCGGGCCGGGAAAGAAGGCGCCCAGAACCGGCCUGGAGCUGGGUGGCGGCGGCGGAGGAGGAGGAAGCAGCCUCGGUGGCCGCACCCUGGGUGAGAGAUUAUUUUGCAGAGGAUGAUGGAGACAUUGUACCCAGAACAAGUCAGGCAGCAGCUUUUCUUAGUGACACUAAAGAUAGAGGCCCCCCGGUGCCAUCAUACACCUGGAGAAGUGGGCAGACGUACUCUUUGAGAGCGUUUGACAACCCCCCUCAGGUGCAGCAGACCCAAGCUCUCCGAGACUUUGAGAAGCACCUCAAUGACCUGAAGAAGGAGAACUUCAGCCUCAAGCUGCGCAUCUACUUCCUGGAGGAGCGCAUGCAGCAGAAGUACGAGGCCAGCCGGGAGGAUGUCUACAGGCGGAACAUCGAGCUGAAGGUUGAAGUUGAGAGCCUGAAGCGAGAACUCCAGGACAAGAAACAGCAUCCGGAUAAAACAUGGACUGAUGUGGAGAAUCCCAACAGCCAUAAUGAAGCCGAGCUCCGGCGCCAGUUCGAGGAGCGAGAGCAGGAGACAGAGCAUGUCUAUGAGCUCUUGGAGAAUAAGAUCCGGCUUCUGCAGGAGGAAACCAGGCUAGCGAAGAAUGAAGUCGCCCGGAUGUCUGCCCUGGUGGAAGCCGAGCAGGAGCGGAACCUGGAGCUCACAGCGAGACUGAGGGGAGCCACCAGGGACAGGGAAGAUGCACCAGGAGACCAGGCCAAGCCUGACCAGCACUCGGAGGCCCUGGCCCAGAGGGACAAGAGAAUUGAAGAACUGAGUCAGAGCCUGGCUGCCCAGGAGAGGCUUGUGGAGCAGCUGUCCGGAGAGAAACCCCUGCUGCCCCUGCCGGAGGAGCCCAUGAGCACGGAGGCGCUGCCCAUGACUGAAGAGUUGCUCAAACAACAGAAGUUGAAUUCAAACGAGACCACUAUAACUCAACAGUCUGUAUCUGAUUCCCACUUGGCAGAACUGCAGGAGAAGGUCCAGCAAACAGAAGCCAGCAGCAAGAUUCUUCAAGAGAAACUUAAUGAAGUGAGCUGUGAACUGAGGUUUGCUCAGGAGUCAUCUCAGAAGCAAGACGGUAUAAUCCAGAGCAUCAAGGAAACUCUAAAAAGCAGGGAAAGUGAGAUCAAGGAGUUGUACCAGGUGAUUGAAGGGCAAAAUGACACAAUGGCUAAGCUCCAAGAAAUACUGCACCAAAGCCAGCUCGGACAACUUCGUAGCUCAGAAGGUUCUUCUCCAGCUCAGCAGCAGGUAGCUGUGCUUGAUCUUCAGAGUGCUUUAUUCUGCAGCCAGCUAGAGAUACAGAAGCUCCAGAGUGGGGUACGACAGAAAGAACGCCAGCUGGCUGAUGCCAAACGAUGUGUGCAAUUUGUAGAGGCUGCAGCACAUGAGACAGAACAGCUGAAAGAGGCUUCUUGGAAGCAUAACCAGGAAUUGCGCAAAGCCUUGCAGCAGCUACAAGAAGAAUUGCAGUAUAAGAGUCAACAGCUUCGUACCCUGGAGGCUGAAAAACAGAAUGAGCUGAGAACUCAGGAACAAAACAUUCAGCACCUAAAGCACAGUCUGAGUCACAAGGAGCAGCUGCUUCAGGAACUUCGGGAGCUCCUCCAGUAUCGAGGGAACUCAGACAAAACCCUUGAAGCAAAUGAGAUGCUGCUUGAGAAACUUCGGCAGCGAAUACAGGAUAGAGCUAUUGCUCUGGAGCGGGCUAUAGAUGAAAAGUUCUCUGCUCUAGAAGAAAAAGAAAGAGAAGUGCGACAGCUGCAUCUGGCUGUGAGAGAGCGAGACCAUGACUUAGAGAGAUUGCGUGGUGUCCUCUCUGCCAAUGAAGCUACCAUGCAGAGCAUGGAGAGUCUCCUGAGGGCCAAAGGCCUGCAAGUGGAUCAGUUAACUACUACCUGUCAAAACCUCCAGUGGCUGAAAGAAGAAAUGGAAACCAAGUUUAGCCAUUGGCAGAAGCAACAAGAGAGUAUCAUUCAGCAGUUACAGACGUCUCUGCAUGACAGGAACAAAGAAGUGGAGGAUCUUAGUGCAACCUUGCUCUGCAAACUCGGACCAGGGCAGAGGGAGAUCGCGGAGGAGCUAUGGCAGCGUCUACAGCAGAAGGAAAGGAUGCUGCAGGACCUUCUAAGUGACCGAAACAAACAAGCUGUGGAACAGGAAAUGGAGAUUAAAGGCCUGCUUCAGUCCAUGAGUACCAGGGAGAAGGAAAGCCAAAUUGCUACAGAAAAGAUGGUACAAGCCUUGAUGGAAAGAAAUUCAGAAUUACAGGCCCUACGCCAAUAUUUAGGAGGGAGAGACUUCAUGACAUCCCAAACAGUCACCUCUAACCAACAAGCUGAAGUUGGCUCCAUUGGUCCCCUUCUUGGAGAGCAGACUGAUCAAGGUUCAAUGCAAAUACCCUCCAGAGAUGGUAGCACUUCACUGACUGCCAAAGAGGACGCCAACAUACCCAGGUCCACAUUAGAAGACUUGGACACAGUUGCAGGUCUGGAAAAAGAACUGAGUAAUGCCAAAGAAGAACUUGAACUUAUGACUAAAAAAGAAAGAGAAAGUCAGAUGGAACUUUCUGCUCUACAGUCCAUGAUGGCUGUUCAAGAAGAAGAGCUGCAGGUGCAGGCUGCCGACAUGGAAUCCCUGAGCAGGAACAUACAGAUUAAGGAAGACCUCAUAAAGGACCUGCAAAUGCAACUGGUUGAUCCCGAAGAUAUCCCAGCGAUGGAACGCCUGACCCAGGAAGUCUUGCUUCUCCGGGAAAAGGUUGCUUCAGUAGAAUCCCAGGGUCAAGAAAUUUCAGGAAACCGAAGACAGCAGUUGCUGCUGAUGCUAGAAGGAUUGGUGGAUGAGCGGAGUCGGCUCAACGAGGCCUUGCAAACAGAGAGACAGCUCUAUAGCAGCCUGGUGAAGUUCCACGCCCAUCCAGAGAGCUCUGAGAGAGACCGAACUCUGCAGGUGGAACUGGAAGGGGCCCAAGUGUUACGCAGUCGGCUAGAAGAAGUUCUUGGAAGAAGCCUGGAGCGCUUAAGUAGGCUGGAGACCCUGGCCGCCAUUGGAGGUGCAGCUGCAGGGGAUGACACUGAAGAUGCAAGCACUGAGUUCACUGACAGCAUCGAGGAGGAGGCUGCACACAGCAGCCACCAGCAACUCAUCAAGGUGGCUCUGGAGAAAAGCCUGGCACCUGCAGAGUCCCAGAGCAUGCCUGUUCCCCCUCCUUCCCCAGUAGGAGGGGACAGUAACAGGUGUCUCCAGGAGGAGAUGCUCCGCCUGAGGGCCGAGCUCCACCAGCACUUAGAGGAGAAGAGAAAAGCCGAGGCAGAACUGAAGGAGCUAAAGGCUCAAAUUGAGGAAGCAGGAUUCUCCUCCGUGUCGCAUAUCAGGAACACCAUGCUGAGCCUUUGCCUUGAGAACGCAGAGCUAAAAGAGCAGAUGGGAGAAGCAAUGUCUGAUGGAUGGGAGAUUGAGGAAGACAAGGAGAAGGGCGAGGUGAUGGUGGAGACUGUGGUAGCCAAAGGGCGUCUGAAUGAGAAUGGCCUUCAGGCUGAGUUCACAAAGCUCCAGGGAAAACUAAAGAAUGCCCAUAACAUCAUCAACCUGCUCAAGGAACAACUGGUCCUGAGCAGCAAGGAAGGGAAUGGGAAUCCGGCCUCAGAGCUCCUUGUGCGCCUGGCCAGGGAGAUCGACAGAAUGAACACAGAACUGGUUUGUUCUCCUGGGAAGCCCCGACAGCAGAAGGAGGAUGCGACCAUGAGGCCUUGCCCCAGACCCCGGAGCCUUGACCUGGGGGCGCCCCUUGCAGUGGAGACCCUCCAACUGCACGACCAGUCCCAGGCCUCUGACCCUGGGCCUCCAUUAGAAUUCAACCUCCCAGGGUCGACCAAGCAUCUGCGCUCCCAGCUGGCACAAUGUAGACGACGCUAUCAAGAUCUCCAAGAGAAGCUGCUAUUAUCAGAAGCCACCGUCUUCGCUCAGGCUAGCCAGCUGGAGAAAUACAGAACCAUAUUUACAGGUGAAUCCUUGGUGAAGCAGGACAGCAAGCAGGUUCAGGUGGACCUCCAGGAUCUGGGCUAUGAGACAUGCGGCCGAAGCGAGAAUGAGGCCGAGCGGGAGGAGACCACCAGUCCCGAGUGUGAGGAACACAACAGCCUCAAGGAGCUGGUCCUGAUGGGGGGGCUGUGCUCUGAGCAGGGGCGCCUGGGCUCUGUGCUGGCCAGCCCCCCUGGGAAGAAACCCUUGGAGAGCCAGCUAGAGAAGCAGGAAGCGCUCCAGGCCUACGGAAAGUCGAAAGACGUCUCUGUCCUACAGAGGGACAUCAGAGACCUGAAGGCCCAGCUGCAGAACGCCAGCAAAGUCAUUCAGAGCCUCAGGAGCCGCGUCCGGUACCUCUCAGUGACAAGUAAUUGUUCAUCUAGUUUGGAAAGACCCCGGAAGCUGAGGGUUGUUGGCACCCUCGAGGGGCCUUCACCUCACAGUGUCACAGACGAAGAUGAGGGGUGGCUUUCUGAUGGCACUGGGGCUUUCUACCCCACAGGGCCAGAGGCCAAAAAGGAUCUGGAGAGCCUCAUUCAGAGAGUCUCCCAGCUGGAGGCCCAGCUCCCAAAAACUGGACUGGAAGGGAAGCUGGCCGAGGAGUUGAGAUCAGCCUCGUGGCCUGGGAAAUAUGAUUCUCUGAUUCAGGAUCAGGCCCGAGAACUAUCCUACCUACGGCAAAAAAUACGAGAAGGGAGAGGUAUUUGUUACCUUCUCACCCAGCACUCAAAAGACACGGUCAAAUCCUUUGAGGACCUCCUGCGGAGCAAUGACAUCGACUACUACCUGGGGCAGAGCUUCCGGGAGCAACUCGCCCAGGGGAGCCAGUUGACAGAGAGGCUCACCAGCAAGCUCAGCACCAAGGAUCAUAAAAGUGAGAAAGAUCAAACGGGACUUGAGCCACUUGCCCUCAGGCUCAGCAGGGAGCUGCAGGAGAAGGAAAAAGUGAUUGAGGUCCUGCAGGCCAAGCUGGAUGCCCAGUCCCUCACGCCCCCCAGCAGCCGUGCCCUGUCUGACUCCCACCGCUCACCCAGCAGCACCUCCUUCCUGUCUGAUGAGCUGGAAGCCUGCUCUGACAUGGACAUAGCCAGCGAGUACACACCCUAUGAAGAGAAGAAACCUUCACCUGGUCACUCAGAUUCCAUCCAUCAUUCGAGUCAUUCUGCUGUAUUGUCUUCUAAACCAUCAGCCACCAGUGUACCUCAGGGGGCUAAGGCCGAAUCCAGCAGCAAUCCCAUCAGCUUUCCUGCUCCCCAGAACCCCCCCAAGGAGGCCGGCCAGGCCCAUCCAGGCUUUCAUUUCCACACCAUGCCCAAGCUGGCUAGCCUUCCUCAGGCACCACUGCCCUCAGCUCUAUCCAGUUUCCUGCCUUUCAGGCCCCCUGGCCCUCCCCUCCUUGGCUGCGGUGAGACACCGGUGGUCUCCUUGGCUGAGGCUCAACAGGAGCUACAGAUGCUGCAGAAGCAGCUGGGAGAAAGUGUCAGCACUGUCCCUCCUGCUUCCCCAGCCACAAUGCCAAGCAGCCACUUGGAAACCGGCUCUUCCCACUACCUCAACCCUGUCCAGCCCCAAUCUCCUCCGAGGGACACCCUGGAACUGGGCAGAAUCCUGGAGCCUGGGUACCUGGGCAGCAGUGGCCAGUGGGGCAUGAUGAGGCCUCAGAAGGGGAGUGUGUCUGGGGACCUGUCCUCCGGCUCCUCUGUGUGCCAGCUUAACUCUAAACCCACAGGCACUGACCUGCUGGAAGAGCAUCUUGGUGAAAUCCGGAACCUGCGCCAGCGCCUGGAGGAGUCCAUCUGCGUCAAGGACUGGCUGCGGGAGCAGCUGACGCCCUGGCUCAGCUCUGCUGCCCGCGGAGGAUCCACCUCUAACAUCUACAGUCAGGUCCCAGAGUCCAUUCCUCAGCUUUUCAAUGAGUACAGAGCCCUCAGUGAAGAAAACCGAAGCCUUCAGGCUCAGCUGAGUCACGUUUCCAGAGAGCGCUCCCAGGAAGCAGAAAGCCUGAGGGAGGCUCUGCUCUCCUCACGAUGCCGGCUUCAAGAGCUGGAGAAGGAGCUAGAACACCAGAAAGUGGAAAGGCAGCAGCUUUUGGAAGACUUGCGGGAGAAACAGCAAGAGAUCUUGCAUUUCAGGGAGGAACGGCUAUCUCUCCAGGAAAAUGACUCCAGGCUGCAGCACAAGCUGGCUCUCCUGCAGCAGCAGUGUGAAGAGAAGCAGCAGCUCUUCCAGUCCCUCCAGUCGGAGCUGCAGAUCUACAAGGCGCUUUAUGGCAAUUCCAAGAAGGGGCUGACAGGCCUGAGUGUGGAUACUUCUCCAGGAAUGAAGAGCUCUCCCAAGUUGGAGGGCGAUGCUACUGAUGGCUCCUUUGCCAACAAGCACGGCCGGCAUGUCAUUGGCCACAUUGAUGACUACACUGCCCUAGGACAGCAGAUUGGGGAGGGCAAAGUGCUGGUGAAAAAGAUAGCGUCUCUUGUGAGGCCAUCGUGUAACUUCCCCGGCCUUGAAGCUCAGGGCACAGAGGUCCUGGGCAGAACAAGCAUCCCUGAGCUUCUGAGCAGUGCCAAUGCCCUACACCAGACCCUGGAGGAGUCAGCUUCCCUCCUCACCAUGUUCUGGAGAGCAGCCCUGCCAAGCACCCACAGGCCCGUGCUGCCCAGCAAGGUGGGAGAAGCAACAGAAAGAGAACUUCUGGAGCUGAGAACCAAAGUAUCUAACCAGGAAAGGCUCCUUCAGAGCACAGUUGAGCGUCUGAAGACUGCCACCCAGCAGGAGAAGAGCAUGGAGCAGUUCAUCGUCAGCCAGUUGACCAGGACAUAUGAUGUUUUGAAGAAGGCAAAGACUAAUUUGAAGGGAAGCACUUACAAGAUUGCCUCUGUAACCUAUUCCUGUCCCAGCAAAGGUGAAAUUCCUAAGGGCUCUGCUGUGCACUCCAGCCUUGUGACCCUUGCCUUCCAUGGAACCAUGGAGGAACCAUGUAAGAAGCCCAGCCACUGCAGAUCCUUAAAACAGCAGGAAGGAUCCUGUUCCCCUUUUGUGCAGCUACCCAUCUGCUGA